AUGUACAACUCUCUUACGCGCCUCCAGAAUGUCUUCGGCUUCUUCACGACCGUCGCAUUCGUGGUAGCCGCCAUUAUUGGCGCCUCCGACUUUGCCGUACCCAGGACACCGAGCGCGGGUAUCAAGACGACAAAUGUGCAGGUAGUCAAGGGACGACCACACUACUACUCGACCAAGAAGGAGGAAUACGCCAUCAUCAAGUUCUCGCUCGACGCGGACCUGUCAUCGCUCUUCACCUGGAACACAAAGCAACUCUUCGUCUACGUGACGGCCGAGUGGACCUCGCCAAAGGGCAACAACCAGACCAACAGCGCCGUCAUCUGGGACACCAUCAUCACGAGCCCCUCGUCGGACCACCUGGCCAACAUUGGCCCCGCCACCCUCAAGAAGCUGCGCAAGAGCGCCGCCGGCAAGCCCAUCGACAAGAGCCGCGGCCUGCUCCAGCUCAAGAACCAGAAGCCCAAGUACCAGAUCACACACCCCAGCGGUCGCAUCGCCGAGACCGACGACGUGGUCCUCAAGGUGCACUACAAUGUCCAGCCCUGGGUCGGCUUCUUGACCUGGAAUCAGGGCCAGGACUACGGUCUAUGGAAAGCCGUCAGCGGUGGGCUGAGCAAGGCCUUUAGCCUGCCAGCUGUCAAGAAGAAGGAUGAAAAGAAGGCCUAG